AUUUUUCAGUACAUUUUAAAAAAAUUAACACAAUUUGAUAAAACUUUUAGAAUAUUUUAUAAUUUUAUCUUGAUCAUUUUAUAUUUUGCUGUGAAAAGUAUUUUAAUUUUAUUUUGAUAUAACUUUAUCUUAUUUAUUUUAACAAACGCAUUAAUUUCUCUAUCCAACUUAACAUGGGCACAACUUACAUGCCAAUUAUGUGAUUGCCAUACUUAGCAUACAAAAUUUUUUGCGUAAAACAAUCGCUAACAUUACUUUAUGACAAAUAUGUGUUUGUUAUUACAUCAAUCAAUAAAAAAUAUUUAAUCUUUAAAAUGUAUAACUAAUACAUAGCCUUAAAAUAAUGAUGCAUUAAAUACUCCUUAAUCAUUAAAGGCCAAGCUUUAAUAUAAAAAAAAAAUGAAACUACCUUUAUAUAUAUAUCAUAAUAGUAAUAUUAAAUUUUAACUGUAAAUCAAAAUUAAUUACAUAAAAUUUAAUUCUCUAUUCAUUUUCUCAUGCAUAAUAAUUACCUUUGUCUCUAAGAAUGGUUCAUCGCGACCCAACCCUUACUGUAAACAUGAGGCCAUAGGUUCAAACUUUUACUAUGUGAACAUUUUUUUUUAUUUUUUAUGUACAAGAAAAUAAUCACUUUUAAAUUAUAAUCAUAAUUAAAACACAAGUACAUUAAAUACAAAGGUUACUGUGUGAUGUUAGCUAGUUUUUAGCAUUUCACAUUUGAUUGGUUUAAAUAACUUAAACUCUGGCUAGCUUACACACUAUCUCAUUUGCAUUUUUAAAAAGUUAGGAAGAGUUAAAUCUUUACGAGAAGUAGUGUUUAAGUUAGUUCAAGAAGAAUAAUGUUAACUAAGUAAAGAUGAUUAUGUCCCAAAUAAUUCUUGUAUUUUUAAUCAAUUCUCUUUAAUAUAGUAAAGCCAAUAUUGUCACUGGUCGUCGUUUUUUUCUCAUUUUGUAAGUCAGAAAAAAAGAAACAAGUAAUUUUCGUCUCUUUCUUUUGGAUUUCAAAUUGUCGAAAUCCAUUACAAUAAUAACAAACAUCAAUAUCUAUCUUUUUUCUCCUUUUCUUUCUCCCCAUUAUGAUCAAACUACAAUGUAGAAUUCAUUUUUUUUCCUUUCUCCUUCCGUCUCUUUUUUUUUUUAUUGGGUUUUAGAUUGUCAAAACCUAUCAUAAUACACAUCACUGGAUUCUAUCGUUGUGAUGGGCUUUAGGCAAAACUCGUUAGCUUAGUAAAUUUUUAAUUUUUUUUAUUUAUAUAUAUAUAUGUUUGAAAAUAUACAUUUAUUAAAUAUAAAUUUAACAUCUCUAUUAUCAAGUUUAUUAUACAAUUAGUUAAUAUAUGUUAUAAUACAUUACGGAUACAAUUAAUUAAAUUUUUAUCUAAAUAUUAUAUUUAAAUAUUUUUGUACUAAAAUAAAUAAUAUGUCAUUUUUGUAACUUCUUUAAUUGUUUUAUUUUUAUUUUUACCAAUUAAUAGUUUUAUAUAUAUUUUGUUUAAAUACUUUAUUACGAUAAAUGCCCUUCAAGUUGUAACGUAAAGCAAACAAAGAAUAUAAAGGCUUCCUUCCAGUGAGCUGAGCUCCAUCAAUCAAACACAAGUAGAAGUGGAAGACGAAGGGGUCGAGGUUAGCAAUGGAGGCCGGCCCUUUGUUCAGAGCCCUUAAACCUCUGAAUUUGAAGCUCUCUUCUUCAUCGGUGCGACGCUCUUCCAUAUCUCCUGCUCUUCAUCCAGGGGGAGGGAAGGUCGUUAAAAGAGCUUAUGACGCAUUGUUGUUGGAUGCUGGUGGAACCCUUCUUCAAUUGGCAAGGCCCGUGGAAGAAACUUACGCAGCAAUCGGCAGAAAACACGGUUUGAAUGUAACACCAGCUGAAAUAAAGCAAGGGUUUAAACGAGCUUUUGCUGCUUCAUGGCCUGAAAAACUUCGCUACCAGGGAGAUGGGAAGCCAUUUUGGAAACUUGUUGUUUCUGAAGCCACUGGUUGCAGAGAUGAUGAUUAUUUUGAAGAACUAUAUGAGUACUAUGCAAAAGGUGAUGCAUGGUGUAUUCCCACUGGAGCUGAUGAAACUCUCUCAAUUCUGAAAGAUGCUGGAGUUAAAUUGGCUGUUGUGUCCAACUUUGACAUCCGCUUGAGAAAGCUGUUAAAGGACCUUAAUGUUGUGGAUCUGUUUGAUGCUCUAGUUAUAUCUUCAGAGGUUGGAUAUGAAAAACCAGAUGUGCAGAUAUUUAAAGCUGCUUUAGCUUUGGGAUGGCUGGGAACUGAGAUUAUAGUUUCAUGCUCUUUGAUCAUGCACUGCUAUGGGUUUAUGUGGGGAUUGGAUGAAUGCAAAAUUAUCACGUUGGUGUGGAAGCUAGACAAGCAAUACAUGUUGGAGAUGAUCAAAAGGCUGACAAGGAAGGUGCCAGUGCUGUUGGUAUUGAUUGCUGGGGAACCUCUGGCUUUGGAUAAUUCACUAAAUGCUCCCACUUAGUUGUCUCACUAUGUCAAUUGUCAAUACUUAGGCUCUGUGAGACUCGUUGUUGUUUUUCUCCUAUUUUACUUAUUAAUAUAAUAGCAUUCAUUGGUUAUGGUAGAGGUUUUGUAGUAGUGAGCUAGGAAUCAUGGUAGGCCAUAAGCAUGUUAGCAGACUACUAGAGUUGAGAAGAGGCAGAGGUAGGCAAUUACUAGAGAGCUAGAUAAACAAUGGAAAGAGAUGUAUUUUUAUUGAUGUCCAUGUGCUUCUUAUAACUUGAGUAUUUGUAGUAUAGAUGCUAAGAUUGCCAGCACAAAUACCCCACUUCUAUUAUUUCUCUUAUUGUAUAGAGGUACGAGAGCAAGAUAGUUUCAAGUUGCCAAUUCACUUUCCUGGAUACACUUGACGUUGGAUGUGCGUGUGGCUUAUGUGGAUUGUGUUCCUUAAAGAUGCAAUUGAAGGGCGGCAACGGCGGAAGCACGCCCAUAACACCAACUCUUGGUGGAUCAAUGCAAGGGUUUUACAUUUUAAACCAUUUUCAACACAGAAAAUAGCACAACAGAAGCAUAAAAUAUACACAUCGGAAACAAAAUCGACCUUGCGAGACUUGGUAUUCAUCACCCAUAUGCUAAAACAGAAAAACCAUGCCAUAGGGGGUUUUAUGGUAUACCUCUUAGAUGAAGAUCCAGUGUUGGUUGACCACGCGGUGGUUGCCUUCUUUUCUGUCCAGCUAUCUUCCACGUACCUGCAAAGCUCGGGUGACCAGCUCGCCACCCCAAUCACGGAAGACCUAGUCGGUCCACGCUUGAGCUGCCACGGAAUCCUCCAACGGAGCUGCGCUAGGACCCUCUUGAUGGAGGUGACUCAAAGCUAUACACGGUCCCUUUUUUGGUUGCACUGAGGCUGUCCAACAGCUUGUCUAUAAGGGAGACAAUGAAGAAGAUGCUGCACCGGCUAAGCUCGAAGCAAGAACGAGUCUUGGCCGCAGCUAUGGAGGAAGAAGAAGAAACAGACAGCAAGCAGAAGAAGUACAAGGAGAAGGAGUUAUAUUGAGGAAGAUAUAUUUAUGGAACAACCUUAGAGAUUUCAGUUAGCCAAUCAUAAUCAGGUUUGCCAGCUGAGGAGAUCCAUUUAUGGUCUUUAGCUAUUAGUAAGAACUAAUAGUUAACAGGCAGCGGUUCUUAAUAUAAUUAGUUGCUUAAGUUUUAUAUGCAUCACAUAGAGACCAUACUUUAGGAAUUAAAAAUUAAUUUUAAAUUUUCACUGCAAAUCUUCCUGUCAGGAUAAAUGAUUGAAGAUUGAUCUAAGAAUAAGCUCCGGGGAGGGGUAAGGGGUCGAUGGAUCUGUAGUUCUAGCCUCCAGUUCAUAAGCCCUUGCGAAUCUAAUCCAUGAGACCUAGCUAGGCCUUGCCUCAACCUAAGGUAUUGGGAUUGGAGUCCAAUUUUCAGAGAGCUCAGCAAAAUAGAGGGAACGUUGUUGAAGACUUCGUUUUUGCAUGGCAGAUAAAGCACACGGUGAGUGUAGUACUUGGACCAAAGAGUUCACCACUUGAGUUGAAUAAAUGAUACGUAAUGAGUGUCAAGUCAAUCUCAACCUCAAUCCCUCAAGAUUUUGGAGAUUUGUGUGAAUGAAUGAGGGCAAAACUUGCAGAUACAUUAUGGAGACCUCAAAUCCCAAAAGAGAUGGAGAGCCCCAUCUCCAAAGAGAGAGGGAUUGUGAAGGAAGAGAAGGAAAACUCAAUCCCUAGAGGGAGAGUGGAGAGUCACGUGUCACUUCACAUUCACACUUGGGAUUUACAUCAAGAAGGCUUAAUCACUGGGAGCUAGAGAUUAUGAAGAUUCAAUUCAAUUUGCAUCUGUCACAUCACAAGGCUUACUUUUCAAACUCUUCAAACAUGCCCAUUUACUCAUAUCUUAAAAAUGCAAACAUAUGGACUGUAUCUAAAUAUUUGAGUUUAAUUAUUUAAUUUUUCUGUCUUCUCAUGUAUCCAAUAUGCUCCUGAAAACAAGAUGAUAUUUGCAUAUUUUAGAAAUCUCCAUGUUACCCACUUUAUGGUGAUUUGAUAAUUCAGUUCAAUUUGAGUAACAUACAUAAAAUCAUUACUACAAUUCUUAGGACAUUUUUUAUACUGUAUUUUGGUGCGUGUACUAAAUUUAUUUGUUCAAAAUAUGGGUUUUAUCUGUUCAUUGAACAGUAAUAAAUAUGGUGCAUCUUUACCUACCCCCCCCCCCCAAAAAAAAGGUAGUAGUAUGGAUUAAUAGCAAAAGUAUGGACAUUUUGAUACUGUAUUAUGGUGCACGCACUAAUUUAUUUGUUCAAAAUAUAGGUUUAUCUGUUCCUGGAAAAGUAAUUUUUCUUGAAGCUUGAGUACGGAUUCAAAAAAUAUCUUUUAAUAUUUUUCAAUUCGCAGUAUAAAGUUUAAGAAUUAGAGAAUUGAGUUUUCUAUUUUCUAAUUGGAGAUUCAAUCAUUUAAUAGAAAAUUAGAGUUAAAAAAUUAAAAAAUAUUUCUACAGCUAAACAAGUCCAUAAAUUUCCAUUUAUUUUGUUAGUUCAUAAUGUAUACUUCAGUAUGGUGUUCCCCAUGUGCAGUUUCUAGUUCCCCCACUUAAAUCAUUGUUAUCAAGUACUUGUAUUUUAGUUUUGAUACGUGAGUGGAGUCGAGUGGAUGAGUAAAUCUUUUAGGUGGUGAUAUUACACUUUGCUGUGAUACUUAAUAAUGAAUCUGAAU